AUGUUUUGGAGAUAUAACCUUAUUACUGGGUCUUGUAUUGAGACGCUGUUAGAUAAAGAGAAUGUAACCCUAAAGGAAUUGAUGGAAGAAGAAGACAUUCUUCAAGAAUGCAAUGCGCAGACUAAGAAACUGCUUGAUUUUCUUGUUCGUCCUGACGUUUUGGAUGAAAUGGUGACAUUGAUCACUGAAGAGCCCGACGAUGAGGGCGACGAGAGAUUACGCUACAGGCACGCCAAUCGAGCAUGUGAACUGUUAACAUUUGACAUUGCCCAGAUUAAUGAUGCUUUAGCUGGAAGUGAAGCUAUACUAGAAAAAUUCUAUGGAUUUUUAGACACAGACAAAGCUUUAAAUCCUCUCUUAGCUAGUUUUUUCAGCAAAACAUUGGGACUACUUAUAUCAAAGAAAACGGAUGAGGUUUUCAAGUUUCUGAAGGAAAGAGAUUUCAUUUCACUUAUUUUGAACCAUCUUGAUACUUCAGCUGUUAUGGAUUUACUUUUGCGUUUUGUCAGCCCAAUUGAAAAUAACGAAACGAAAGCAAUAGUUCUGAAGUGGCUGGAUGAACAGAAGCUUAUUCAACGUCUAAUAAGCAAAAUAGAUGUUAUUUUUGGCGAGGAUUUUAACUGCAAUGCUUCAUAUGCUCUAUGUGAUAUAAUCAAAGUUACCAGGGAACAUAUGUCCAUGUUACAGGAGAAAGCUGAACCAAAUCCUCUGCUGGAGACAUUAGAAUCCGUACAGUGUGUGUCGGAUUUAUUGAGUCACAUGUUCAGGGACGUCAGCAAAGAAAGUUCUAUUGUUAAUGGAAUAUUGGUUUUAUUAUCCUUAUUGAGGUUCAAAAAACUAGGUCCUGCUGGCAUGCAACAGAUACCAUCCAAUCAAAGUGAAUUACCACCUCAAGCAGAUAAUGCUCCAGUGUGCUUUAUGACUCUGUUUAGAAAUAGCGAGAGUGAACAGAUGACAGUAUUAGAUGCUGAAAGGCUAUCUCAUGGUGUAAAUAAUGUUCUUAAAGCUGUCGUUCCUCGACUGGAUGAGUUUCAUAAUCUGCUUCUGAAUCCUCCUUUGAAACCUGCCAUUACAUUAACCAUUGGACGAUUAGAUCCACCUCUUGGUUUAUGUCGUUUAAAAGUUGCUCGUUUUCUGACAGCUCUGCUAUCUACAAAUGACCACAAUGUAAAUGCUAAACUUGCAUCUCUUGAAACGAUGAAAGUUCUUGUAGAUAUGUUUUUCAAAUAUUCAUGGAAUAACUUUUUACAUACACAAGUAGAACAAGCAAUAGGAAUAAUUAUUACAAACAAUCCAACUACUGAUGAAGAAGGUAAUAAAGUUCAUCCAUUAUUAGAUCAAGUGUUUGUCCAAUGUAGAAUAACCAUCAAGAUUUUAGAAAGCUUUGAAGAAGAUGAAACACAGUGUGCUCCUGGAACGCCUAGGAAAAGUUAUAUGGGUCAUCUUACAAAAAUUGCUAAUCAUAUUGCUCAAAAUGCAGAGAAUGGAAUAAAUAGUUCAUUAAUCAAGGAGAAAAUGAAAGAACUGCCAGAUGAGCAUCUUCAAAGUUGGGAUGAAUUUGUUAAUAAACAGUUAGCUGAAAUAAAUAGAAAGAAUACUUCACAUAUAGUUAGUAGUCCAUCUGUGCAGUCAUCAUCUGGAGAUGGAGAUUCCAUAGACUUUAGAGACAUUCCAUUUGGGAAAGAUUCGUCAGUUCAUUUGGCUUUUUCUGACUAUCAAAUGCAUGAAAUGACAAGUAAUUUUGUUGACCAGUUUGGAUUUCAUGAUGAUGAGUUCGGGGACGCUGAUGAGAGUGUAAUUUGUGCCAGAAAUUCAAUGAACCCUGUUUCUCAGAACUUUCCAAUCGGAGAUACAAGCUGUAAGGGAAGUGCAGACUUGUUUGAAGAAGUUUGCAGAAUGAAAGCGAAUUCGGAAAGUGAUGCAGUUUUAUGGGAUGAUAAGGAGCGUUCACCAACUUUCAGCACCAGCUUUCAAAUGAGCAAGUCACCUGAAGAAAACAGUAGCGACUCAGAUGAAGAAUCUCAGGUUUUUGAAUCGGAUAGUGCAACUGUAACAUUAUCUGCUGAAGAAAUGAAAAUGGAUGUAGAUAAUCAAGAGGGUAUCUUUGAUGGUGUUCCAAUGGAUGUGGCCCCUGCAACCAUACCAAACCCAUGGGAAUCAACGGAUGCCGCAAACUCUUCUUCAGAUGAGCAGAGCAAUUGGGCUGAUUUCACCAAUUUUAGUUCAUUUGGGGCUUCCACAUCUGAUCGGGCCGAUGCGAUUGAUUCAGCCGCAGCUGUUGAAAUGGAAACUUCAGUUUCAAACCCUGGCUCCCAAGAUGCCUCUACAAAUGCAGUUCAAGUUUCUGGAGAAAAAACUGUUUUACAAGAUGAUGUCUUUUUAGAGAAGAGUAAUUUAAACUGCUUGUCUUAGUAGUUUAAGGAAUCGGAAUGUAAUAUCAUCGGCUUUUAGUAUUCACCUGUGAAAUGUCAUUGCGGUAAAUGUUUCGAGAAAUGGAG